AUGAUAAUAAUAAUUAAUCAAAAAUAUUUAAUUAAAAAAAUAUUAAAUUAUUAUUUAUCAUUUUAUUCAAAAUAUGGUGAUGAAGAGAAUGGUAUAUUAUUUUUAAGUUAUUCAAUAAUGAAAUUAAGUUCAAUUUGUAAAGAUUGGAAAAGGGAUUUAGUACGUAAAUUGACAUACCCAAGAAUUGAGAUUACAAAUAUGGAAGUAUUAGCAUACGUAGUUGAAUGGAUUGAAAAGUUGAAAUUACCAAUAAACAAUCUCAAAUUCCCAUUCCAUCAACAGAAAACCAUGUUUAAAGAUGAUUUCCUAUCACCACAAUUAACCGAAUCAGUACCAAUAAUUGCGGAUCGUAUUAGAUCAAUUUCAUUCAGAUCUGGUAAAAUCGAUUACGGUGGUACCAUUCUGUUAACAGAGAGUAUAGAGAGUGCAAGUUUUGGUGUUUUCAAUAAUAAAGAGUAUCAAAAGUUUUGUAAUAUCCUAGUAAACUAUAAAGAAGUAAUUAAAAAAUCAUUAACAUCAUUAACAUUAACUACAAUCCUAUAUGAAUGUGAUAUCGAUAUUCAAGAUAUUAAAGAAUCAAUUAAAUCAUUACAAGUACUUGACUCUUUAAUUUUAGUAAGUUGUUUUCAAAAUCAAAUUCAAUCAUUAGAUUUAAUACCACAAUUAUCAAAAACUUUAAGAAAAAUUAAAUUAUUAUAUAUAAAUAUAGAAUAUGAAAUGUUAUUAAAUAUGAUUAAAUUAAUAAUUGAAAAUCAACAAAAAUAUAAUAAUAAUAAUAAUAUAGGUGGUGAUGAUGAUGAAAUUUGUAAUAUAUCAUAUUUUGAAUUAAAUGCAAAAUUUUUAAAUCAUCAUCUUUUAAAUAAUAACAAUAAUAGUGGUAGUAAAAUUAAUAAUAGUGAUAAUAGUAAUCAAUUACCUGAUAAUGGCGUAUUAUGGGAGGAUGAAGAUAAAUUUAAUCAACAAUUUUCAGAAUCUUCAAAUUGCUUUUAUUUAGAUGGUGUUUUUGAAUUAUUAUCAAAUUGGAAAUCUUUAAAAUCUUUUAAAAUUAUAAUGCCUGACGAGACUGUAAACGUUUCAAGCGUUUUAAAUUUUUUAGGUUGUCAAGAAAAUUUAAAAAAAUUCACUUUUAUUGUCAAAUUAAAUGAUGAUAUUAAUAAAAAUAAAAAUAAUAAUGAAUAUAUAACAUCAAUUGAUAAUUUAAAUUAUUCAGUUAAAAAGAUAAUGAUUAAAUCAUUUAUUGAAAAUGAUAAAGAUUGUAUACCAAUGAUAUGGAAUAAAUGUAAAGAAUUGAAUAGAUUAGAAUUACAUUUAGAAGGUGAUACAAUUGAAAGUGAUAAAUUUUAUAGUUUUAAUGAUAGUGAUAAUAAUAAUAAAUCAGAUUUAGAGAUUAAAAUAUUUAGUUUAAAUCAUCCAUAUUCAAAUAGAUUAUUUAAUUCAAUUCAUUCAAAUUUAAAUGUAGUUUCAGUUACAAUAAUUAAUGAACAAGAUGAAUUGGAUUCUUUAAGAGAGGUAUUGUUAUGGAAUCAUCCAACUAUUAAAACUUUGAAUUUCAAUAAAUCAGAUUGUAAAUCUCCACAAACUUUAUCACUUAUAGACCCAAUAAUUAAUAAUAAUACAAUUGAAUUCCUUUAUAUUGCUGGUGUAUUACAAAAAGAUUCACUCUAUCCUCAACAUGAUAAUUUAGAACUAUUAAUUCAAAUUCUAUCUCGUAAUAAUACUUUAAUUCAUUUAGAUUUUAGUUUUAAUUCAUUACCAUCGAAAAUGACUGAUGAUGAAUUAUCUAAACUUUUAAAUGCAAUUCAAUCAAAUAAAACAAUUCAAUCACUAACUUUAAAUGGUUGUUGGGAUAUAUCCUCAAAAUAUAUUAAUAUCAUUAAUAAAACAUUAUUAAUAUGUGGUAUAUUAUCAACUUAUUGUGAUCCAUUUUAA